AUGGUGUCCCACGACGCCGAGGCCACGCUGCCCGAGCCUCAUGCGGGUGGGCCGCCCAGGAAGAAGCAGAAGCGGAACAAGCCCACGCUGUCGUGCCACGAGUGCGUCGAACGAAAGACAAAGUGCGAUCGAGGGCGACCACAUUGUCUUGCAUGCAUCAAGCGGCAGACUGAAUGUAUAUAUGCUCAUGUUGCCAACGUCAUCGAGGAGACGUCGAGGUCCGCGGCCAAUGGGCGCCGCAUGACCAAGCCUCCGAAGAAGAAAGCCGGGGCGAAUGGACAGCUGCCCGUCCCCAACAUCGCGGACAGAAACGCCAACAGCAGCGGCGACACUCCGUCCCGAGGCGCUGUCGCCCUCUCCAUCGGCUUGCUAUCCAACGUCCCGUACUCUGUGGCCACUGCCAGCAAUGUCUUUGGCAUAGGGUCGGAGCAUCCCUUUGCCAAUUACUGGACAUGCGAAGGUGGCCUGCCCGAGGUCAUAUCGGUGCUUCCUGAGAAGCUCCAGGCCGACAUCCUGCUGUCUCGGUACUUUGAAUGCGUCGAUCCGGUGUAUCCCAUGAUCCACCGCCAGACGUUCUAUGCCGACUACGAGCACUUUUGGCAGAUGAGCAUGGCGGAGAAGCAUCAGGUCGAUGCCGCGUUUAUCGCGCAAAUCUUUGUCAUGUUGGCGCUGGGCACACAGUUUGUCACGUCGACAACGGCGCAGGAGCGGAAGCAGACGGCCGAGUUUUACGCUUCAGCCAGCAACCAAGCCCUCCGGAUGUUCUCCUAUCUCAGCACGGCAUCCAUCCGGUCCAUCCAGGCCAUGGUUCUGAUGACGUACUUUCUCAUCAACGACAACCAUGCUUCGGAUGGCUGGGCAUUUGCUGGAAUCUUGAUACGGCAAGCCUACGCCAUGGGCUUGCAUCGUGACCCCAACAUCGUCACGCCGGAUGCUAGUCCGUUCGAGAAGCAGCAGAGACGCAAGGUCUGGCAGGCAGUCUUACUGCAGGACACUUUUCUGACAGUCCUUUUGUCUUUGCCACCGUCCGCCACGCACACUGACGUGUCGGUCGAUGACUUGCUCGACCACGGGUCGUCCAUUGCCAGCAGCGACCCAACAGACAACGCCUACAUCCGGGGCUCGUGGACGCUGGCGAACCUGGUGCAGGAGACGAUAUGCUCUCCUCGGUCCCUCGACGUGCCCAUUUGCGCGACGGCGCGGCACAAGUCGAAGCUGAUUGCCGAUUUCCGAGCAGUGUACCGCUCAUUUCCGGACGUCUUUCGCUCGUGGGACACUGAGAGCCUGACGGCGUUGGCGGGGACAAACAAGAGAGUCGUGCGUCAAACGCUGUUUCUUACGAGCAACUACUUUCACAACCUCAUGUUGGUCCACGCGUCGGAGAGCCCGGACGUUCCGGUCAACGUGCGGGGCACGCUGGAGGCCGCUCACGAUGCCAUCGGCUCCUUUUUCCUGCUCUUCAACUUGCUGGAGAGCGAGGCUCGCGUCUGGUGGGUGUUCAACCACCGAGCUUUUCUCGAGGCUCUGUGUAUAGGGAACGUCCUGCGAGAAGCGGCCAAGGAGCCACUGGGCAAGGAGCUGCUGGCCAAAGACCCGUUGUUUGUUCGGGCCAAGGCAGACAUCACUCGGAUGAUUCAGAUCAUGCAACAGAUGGCCGAGGACUCCGAGGUGGCUCGGACCAGGGUGCAGGUGCUGAGCCAGUUUCUGGUCUAA